UCUCUGUGUACUUUGAAAGGCCUCUGUGAUAAUCAUGGCCGCGUCUAUUGUGCGUAGUGUCGCGUCGCGCGCUCUCCUUCCCCGCGCCGCGGUCUUCCGUAGCAGUGAUUAUGGCGUGCAUACGAUCAAUCAGCAAAAAGAAGCGCCAACUGUGGAGAAAUUGGAGAAGAUCUUGCCAUGUACCAUGAUCCCUGGCGACGGGGUCGGUCCGGAACUGAUGCACUCUGUGAAAGAAGUGUUCAAAGCCGGUGGGGUGCCGGUGAAGUUCGACGAGUUGUUCUUCUCCGAACUCAAUCCGUAUCUGAGUGUUUCCGUCGAGAAGGUUGUGGAAUCGGUUCUAGCCAAUGGCGUGUGUCUCAUGCAUUACCUCAAGACCCCGGACACGUCUCCCACUGGUGAACUGGGUUCUUUGAACAUGAAAUUCCGCCGGGGAGUGGAUUUGUUCGCGAAUGUGGUGCAUAUCAAGUCGCUGCCGGGGGUUCGCAGUCGCCACAAGGACUUGGAUUUCAUUAUUAUCCGAGAGCAGACGGAAGGCGAGUACAGUGCUAUGGAGCACGAGAGCGUGAAAGGGGUUGUGGAGUCGAUGAAGAUCGUCACUAGGGAGAAGAGUCGGAGAAUCGCCAAGUUCGCGUUCGAUUACGCGAUCAAACACGGAAGGAAGAAGGUGACUGCCGUGCACAAAGCGAACAUCAUGAAACUUGGAGACGGAUUAUUUCUCCAAUGCUGCGAAGAGAACGUGGCGAAUCCCACUGCGAUGCUGUUGUGCUCUGCGAAGAUGCUGGAUCACUUGAACCUCCGGUCAUACGCCGCCAUGGUGCGGAAUGCCGUGACCAAAGUGCUCCUUGAUGCCAAG